GGCGUCACAGCAUCAUCUCGUGCCCGCUCGUGGUCAAGGGAAUCAGGAUCUAACCCGGCCACCGUACUCGCUUUUUUUCUAGUGGGAGGGGCCAGGGGAGGGGUGACCCUGCCCGAGCCGCGGCUGCCAGCGACAUGUUCAAGGUAAUUCAGAGAUCUGUGGGGCCAGCCAGCCUGAGCCUGCUCACCUUCAGAGUUUAUGCAGCACCCAAAAAGGACUCGCCUCACAAAAGUUACAUGAAGAUCGAUGAGCUCUCACUCUACUCAGUUCCUGAGGGUCAAUCUAAAUAUGUGGAGGAGCCAAGGACUCAACUUGAAGAAAACAUCUCAGAACUCCGACAUCGUUGUGAGCCAUAUACAAAUUUGUGUCAGGGAAGAAAAAGCAUACAAGCUCUAUCAAUGACACAAACACUUUCUACACACGCCUUACCACUGAGCUGCACCCCAGCCCGUUUGUUCUGUAAGAAAAGUAUUUUCGUCAGCUGGUUGUGGUGGCAUAUUCCUGUGACCCCAGCGCUAAAGAUCUUGAAGCACAAGGGUUCCUGCACAGUUGAAGCCUGCCUGGACUACAUGCUGUCUGAGAAAGAAAAAGGGAUCUGAACUCUUGGCUUCAGGACUCUACCACGAGCAUCCUUUUUUUUCUUUAAUUUAUUCUUCUCUCAUAUAUUACAUUCUGACUGAGUCCUCAUCCCCCCCACCCCCAGCCCAUCCAUAUCUCCUCUGUUUUUCUUCAGAAAAGGCCAGGCCUCCUACCUCCCAGAGAUAUCACCCAAGCAUGGCAUAACAAGUUACAAUAAGAUUAGGCACUUCCCCUCAUAUCAAGGGUGGAUAAGGAGAAAAGGGUCCCAAAGGCAGGAAAAGAGUCAGAGAUAGCCUCCUCUCCCACUGUUAGGAGUCCCACAAGAACACUAAGCUACGCAGCUGUAACAUAUAUGCAGAGGGCCUAGGUCAGUCCUGUACAGGCUCCUUGAUUGACAGUUCAGUUUCUGUGAACCCCUAUGAUCCCAGUUUAGUUGAUUCUGUGGGUUUUCUUGUGGUGUCCUUGACCCCACUGGCUCCUUCAAUCCUUCCUUCUCUUCUUUCCCCAACCUUCACCUAAUGUUUGGCUGUGGGUCUCUCCAUCUCUUCCCAUCAGUUGCUAGAGGAAGCCUCUCAGAAGACAGUUAUGCUAGGCUCCAAUUUAUCUGUAUAUCAGAAUAUCAUUAGAAAUCAUUUCAUUGACUUUUUUUUAAUGCCAGUGUUUGGUUCUAUCCUAGCCUUCUGAUUCCUGGUUCUCCCUCCAGGCAGUGUCAGGAAUGGGCUCCUUCUUGUGGCAUGGGUCUGAAGCUAGACCAGGCAUUGGUUGGCCACUCCCACAAUUUCUAUCCCACCUUUACUCUAGCACUUCUUAUAGGCUGGACAAAUCGUAGGUUGAAGGUUUUGUGGCUAGGUUGGUGUUAGGUCAGGCUCCAUAUCGCCUAUUGAUAGGAGUUCUAGCUAGGGUCAUCCUCAUGGUUUCCUGGGAGUUCACUGGAUUAGGUUUGUACCUCAUCCCAGAAAUGCUCCCCCAAUUCCACUUACCUCUCCUAUCCCUCUCUUCCUAUCCCCCUGCUAUUCCUGUCCCCAGCCACCUUGAGCCCACUCGUAAAAACUAUUCUAUUUUCUCUUCCUAUGGAGAUUCAUGUGUCUCCCCUUGAGCCCUCUUUUUACUUAGCCUCUCUGGGUCUGUGGAUGAUAGUGUGAUUAUUCUUUACUUACAGCUACUAUCCACUUGUAAGUGACUACAAAUCAUAUUUGUCUUUCUGGGUCUGGGUCACCUCACUCACGAAGAUUCUUUUUCUAAUUCCAUCUGUUUACCUGCAAAUUUCAUGAAAUUUUUUUCCAACGGCUGAGUAAUAAUACUCCAUUGUUUAAAUGUACAUUUUCUUUAUCUGAUCUUUGGCUGAGGGACAUCCAGGUUGUUUCCAGUUUCUGGCUAUUAGGAGUAAAGUUGCAAUGAACAUAGUUGAGCAAAUGUCCUUUGUGGUAGGAUGGAGUGUUCUUUGAAGUUAUGCUAGAAGUGGUAUGAGAUAGAUCGAUUCCCAAUUUUCUGAGAAACCACCUUGUUGAUUUUCAAAGUGAUUAUACAAGUUUUCAUUCUCACCAGCAAUGGAAGAAUGUUCCCUUGCUCUACAUCCUCACUGUCACGUGCUGUUGCUUGACUUUUUGAUCUUAGCCAUUCUGAUUGGUCUCAGGGUUGUUUUGACUUGCAUUUCCCUCAUGACUAAGGUUGUAGAACAUUUCUUUAAGUCCUUCUUGGCUAUUUGAGAUUUCCUCAGUUGAGAAUUCUCUGUUUAGGUCUGUAACCCAUAUUUUAAUUGGAUACUUUGGGUUUUUUUAUGUCUAGUUUCCUGAGUUCUUUAUAUAUUUUGGAUAUUAGCCCUCUAUCAGAUGUGGAGUUGGUGAAAAUCUUUUCCCAUUCUGUAACAGGCUGCUGAUUUGUCCUAGCGACAGUGAUCCUUUGUCUUCCUAAAGCUUUUGAGUUUCAUAAAGUCUAAUUUAUUAAUUAUUGAUCCUAGUGCCUGCACUAUUGGUGUUCUGUUCAGGAAGUUAUUUCUUGUACCAAUGUAUUCAAGGCUAUUCUUCAUGUUCUCUUCUAUGAGAUUUAGUGUAUCCAGUUUUAUGUUGAGGUCUUUGAUCCACUUGGAUUUGAGUUUUAUGAAGAUAAAUAGAGAUCUAUUCUACAUACUGGCAUCCAGUUAGAUCAGUACCAUCUGUUGAAGAUGCUUUCUUUUUCCAUUGUAUACUUUUGGCUUCUUUAUAAAAAUGAGGUGUCCAUGGGUUUGUGGAUUUACAUGUUGCUCCUCAGUUUGAUUGCAUUGAUCAGUCUGUCUGGUUUUAUGCUAAUACCAUGUAGUUUUGAUUACUAUGGGUUGGUAGUAGAGCUUGAAAUCAGGGAUGGUGAUACUCCAGAAGUGUUUUAUUGUACAGUUUAUUGUAUUAUUUUAGUUAUUCUGGGGUUUUUGUUUUUCCAUAUAAAGUUGAGUAUUGUUCUUUCAAAAUCUGUAAAGAAUUGUGUCAGAAUUUUGAUGGAGAUUGCAUUGAAUCUGUAGAUUGCUUUUGAUAAGAUAGCCAUUUUACUAUGUUAAUCCUACCAAUCUGUGGGAGAUCUUUCCACCUUCUCAAACCUUUUCCAGUUCCUUUCUUCAAAGAUCUUAAGUUCUUGUCAUACAGGACUUUUACUUGCUUGGUUGAGUUACACCAAAAUAUCUGUAUUAUUUUUGGCUAUUGUGAAGGAUGUUGUUUCCCUGAUUUCUUUCUCAGCCCAUUUAUUGUUUGUAUAUAGGAAGGCUACUGAUUUUCUUUUUGAGUUAAUUUCUAUAUCUAGCCACUUUGCUGAAAGUGUUCAUCAUUGAUAUUGAGAAAUAUUAAUGAACAAAGAUUGUUAGUUCCUUGGUUAUUGAUGGUGGUUGGAGGGGUUGGAGGGAAGGAGACAGAGAGAGAGAGAGAGAGAGAGAGAGAGAGAGAGAGAGAGAGAGAGAGACAGAGACAGAGAGAGACAGAGAGAGAGACAGAGAGAGACAGAGACAGAGAGACAGAGACAGAGAGACAGAGAGAGACAGAGAGAGAGACAGAGAGAGAGACAGAGAGAGAGACAGAGAGAGAGAGAGAGAGAGACAGAGAGACAGAGAGA